GUAAGUGAACGAUGGAAAAACGAUAUCGCAUACGCGAUGACCCCUUUUAAAUUGAUUACGUGGCCUAUUGGAGUAUGGCCACUUCAAGUUUACGACAUUUAUUCGCUAUUACGUUGUGGCUUCGGUACUUGUUGUGCGAGUCUAAUUGUGAUCUUACCCUCCAUGGAGCUAUACAUGGGCUGUACUGAUAUAGAACAAAAUAUAGUAUGUUUGACAUCAAUAUGUUGCGGAUUGCUUGGAACACUGAAGAUAACAUGGUUCCGCAUUUAUGCAAAUAAUUUAACAAACAAUUACAACUCUGCUCUGAAUGAUUAUUUGACGAUUGACAACACAAAAGAUCGCGAUGUUAUGCGAAAACAUGCUUUUAUAGGAAGAAUCCUUUGUUAUUCCAUGCUGAGCUUUUCUUUCAGUAGUUGCCUAAUAUAUGGAAUAAAUCCACUUUUGCAUUAUAAUCAAGGUAAUCGGAUUAAUGUAACGAACGAAAAUACGAUAUUAGAGUAUGCAAUACCAUCGAGAUGCGCUCUGGAAUAUUUAAAUUUUCCAAGGAGCAUGUAUAAAAUCUUAUGUCUCGUCGAAAUUAUUAUAAUGAUAUUAGCGGCUAUAGCUAAUACUGGUAACGACGCGCUGUUUCUCAACAUUACAUUGCAUGUUUGUGGUCAAAUAAACAUUUUGAGGAUCCAUUUCUUCAAUUUCGAUGCCACAAGUCCGCGAAUCUACGAUCGCUACAACGCACUAAUUCAAAGACAUCAAGAUUUGAUAACGCUAGCCAAAGAACUUGCCGAAUUGAUUAGUUUUAUAUUACUGAUAGAACUAUUCAUUAUCAGCAUAUUAUUAUGUAUGAUGGGAUUUCAGUUUAUCUUUGCGUUAAAAGUCAAUAACACCGUUAUGGUAGGAAAGAGUUUAGUAGUAGUGAGUGUCUUCCUGUCACAACUAUCAUUGUAUAGUUUUAUCGGGAAUUAUUUGAAAUCUGAAAUGGAAGAAAUAGGACUCUCCAUUUAUCAAAGUGUUUGGUAUAGUUUUCCUAGGAAAUUGGCGAAGAACGUAAUCUUUGUUCUUAUGCAGACGAAAUGUCCAGUUGCGUUGCAGGCUGGAAACUUCGUCGUAGUCAAUCUAUCAACUUAUCGAGAGGAUCACCGGUUCUCCGCAUCAGUUAGAGUCACUAUAUUGACAAUGGCAAGUGAACGAUGGAAGAACGAUAUCGCAUACGCGAUGGUUCCUUUCAAAUUGAUUACGUGGCCUAUCGGGGUAUGGCCACUUCAAGUUUAUAAUAUUUAUUCGCUGUUACGAUGUGUUAUGGGCACUUGUUGUGCGAGUUUAAUUGCGAUCUUGCCUUCCAUGGAGCUAUAUCUGGGCUGUACUGAUGUAGAGCAAAAUAUAGUUUGUCUGACAUCAAUAUGUUCUGGAUUACUUGGCAUGUUGAAGACAAUAUGGUUCCGCAUUUAUGCAAAUAGUUUAAUUAACAAUUACAACUCCGCUCUGAACGAUUAUCUGACGAUUGAAAACACAAAAGAGCGCGAAAUUAUGCGAAGACAUGCUUUUAUAGGAAGGAUACUUUGUUAUUCCAUGCUGGGCUUUUCUUACAUUAGUUGUGUAAUAUAUGGGAUAAUUCCUUUUUUUAAUCACUACCGAGAUACUUGGAUCAAUAUAACAAACGAAGGUGUGAUAUUAGAAUACGCAAUGCCAUCAAGAUGCGCUCUGGAAUAUUUGAAUUUUCCAACGAGCAUGCAUACAAUUUCCUGUCUUCUCGAAACUAUUAUAACAAUACUGGCGACUUCAGCUAAUCUUGGUAACGACGUAUUGUUUCUCAACAUUAUAUUGCAUAUUUGUGGUCAAGUAAAUAUUCUGAGGAUCCAUUUCAUCAACUUUGAUGUCAUAAGUCCACGAAUCUGUGAUCGUUUCAACGUGCUAAUUCAAAGACAUCAACAUCUAAUAACGCUGGCCAGAGAACUUGCCGAUCUGAUCAGUUUCAUAUUAUUGAUAGAACUUUUUAUGAUCAGCUUAUUAUUAUGUACCACGGGUUUUCAGUUCAUUUUUGCAUUAAAAGUCAAUAACACCGUUAUGAUAGGAAAGAGUUUAAUGGUACAGAUUAUAUUCCUAACACAACUAACGCUGUAUAGUUUUAUUGGAAAUUACCUGAAAUCUGAAAUGGAAGAAAUAGGGCUUUCUGUUUAUCAAAGUGCUUGGUACAGUUUCCCCAGAAAAUUAACAAAAAACGUAAUUUUUAUUCUUAUGCAGACGAAACAUCCAGUCGUGUUGCAGGCUGGAAAUUACAUCGUAGUCAAUCUUAUAACUUAUGUGAGUAUUUUAAAAACCUCUUUUUCAUAUUUGUCUGUACUUCGUAUAAUGCUUGGAGUAUGAAAUAUAAAAUACGAAUG